ACUCAAUAGGUCAGACUGACUAAUGACUGUAAACCAAUCCGAUUCAACAUCUGUAUCCUAUGGAAUCAUAAUGAUUAUAAAAAUCUGGCGUGAAAUAGUUUUAUAUACAGAAUGAGAUUAUUCAUGCUACUUGAAAAACGAAACUGAAAGAAAAAAAAAGGAAGAAAGAAGAAGAUCAUUGAUGAUAGUCAAAGAAAGUGAAAUGAAUGCUUAUAUCUGUCAAAAAUGGAGACAAUUAUAAGUAUUGUUAAACCUGGAAAAUGCAACAAAACUCUUGUCUUCGAACACUACAAAUGAAUAGCUAAUCUUUUUGUGGGCUCCCUGUGUYGUUUAUUUCCAAGAUGGCGUCCGUMGAAGCAGAUCCAGAUCUACCAAAAGAAGUCUUACAAUCUCUUGAAUCUUUCCAUGAAGCAUUAGGGAAGGUGGAUGACGCAUUUAAACCUUUAUUAGAGACAUCAGUGGAAGAUAUAAAGGACCAGCUUGAUCCUAUAGAAUGUGCUAAACUGGAUCUAGUAGUGGCAUAUGCUAUUAAUUCUAUGUUCUGGAUGUUUCUUAUAACUCAAGGUAUCGACCCAAAGAACCAUCCUGUCCGUCAAGAACUGGAUAGAAUAAAGAAAUACAUGGGAAAAGUAAAGGAUGCAAAGGAAAAGAAACAAGCAUCAAUGAGAAUCGACCAAGGAGCUGCUAAAAGAUUUGUGAAAAGUGCUUUGUGGCAACCAAACUCAGAAGAUAAAAAAGAAUGCAAAGACAAGACACAAGAAACAAAUGUGACAACAGAAGAAAAACCAAAGGUAGAAAAGAGGAAAAGUGAAGGAAGAGCAUCAAAUGACAAGAGAAAGAAGAAAAAGAAAUGAAAGAACUCAAAUCUUUUAACUUAUUUGAUUUGACAAAGUGUAAAUUUAUUGGAAAUAUUAUAGUCACUUUAUAGCUUCACCCCUUUUUUCUAUACAGUAAAUCUAAGAUUCUAGUUUUUAGUUUGUAAUAGGCACAACUGCAGGGACCGUGGAGCGGGAAUUUGUUUGGUGGGGCAAGUGAACUGCCAAAGGAAGAGGGUACAGGGGGGUUUGGGGAUAUUCCCCCAGCAAAAUUUUGAAAUCUUUUAGAUCUCUUUACCAGCGUUUUGAGCCGUUAUCCAAGUCAUAUUUCUGACCGCUUAAACCACACACACGGUCACAUGAURUUCAAUAAAAUCCCAAAGACUUCGUAAAAAGCUUCAAUUUUAAUUUUUCAUGCUCUGUUUUUACACAGUCUUUAUAGAAUGAAAAGUGAAAUUUCAAAAGGAGGCUCUUUACUUCUUUAUUUAAGAAAAUUCAAAAUGGCGGGAAAAUUAUUGGGGGGGCUGUAGCCCCCAAGCCCCCCUGCUCCGCGGUCCCUGAACUGGCUAAAUGAUGAUGGGCCUAAGGCCCGAAAGCUUGGUAAUAAAAUAACUUAUUGGUUGAUGAAACAAGAUCAAUGUUAUGGCUAAAUCUAGUUUAUGUGCAUGUCUGCCAAUGAAUUAAUAUCAUCUUGGAAAAGUUUCAUUUCAAACAAAAAGUUUUUUAAACAGAUUUUGAGCCAUGCAGCAGUUGCUGUGAAUUAUUAUAUUCAGUGCAGUUCAACUUUGUUUGAGUUAAUUGUCUUCAUUGCAAUGGCAAAAUUUGUUCCUCAUUGUACAAACAUUUACAUGUAAAUAGAAUUAUAAUAGGAUAAUAAAAUACAUUCAUUGAA